AUGGUUUUCGUGUCCCCUCGGAAUAAUGUUGAGGCCCAUGUAAACGUCCUCGCCGGCGUGGACUGCAAUGUGUUCCUCCGAGCCAAGGAGACUAACAUCGACGCCAUUUUGAAAGAGAGGCCGAUGCUAUCUUGGGUUGUUCCGGACCUAGAGGAAUUCCUCCUGGAUUACCCAGUGGCAAUGUAUCCUUACAACAAGAGCUUUGAGGAAGCAUGGUCGGACCCAUGUCUUGUGCUCCAUACGACUGGAUCAACCGGACUUCCGAAACCGAUCACUUGGAAGGUCGGUAUUCUUAGCACGUAUGAAGCCUGGAGGACCAUUCCCCACGUGGACGGAUACGUUCCGACGACAGAGAUAUAUCAACAGUCUCGGCGGGCCUAUACCUCCAUGCCACUUUUCCAUACCAGCGGGCUGAAUGCCGGCAUAACGUGGGCUAUGCUGCUUGGCGUCACUCUGGUCUACGGUGCGCCUCAAGUCGUUCCGAAUGCGAUAUACGCAGAUGAAAUGCAUCAAUAUGCCAACGUAGACGCAUCCAUGGGAGCACCGUCGAUAUAUGAGGAACUCAGUCGUGACCCAGAGGCGCUUGAGAGGGUCAACCGGCUCCACUAUGUUGUCGCCAGUGGUGCUCCCUUAUCUCACAAAGCUGGAGACCUCAUCUCAAAGCACACGCGUGUCAUCUGCAACCUUGGGGCAACCGAAACUGCGUGCCUGCAACGACUAUCCCCUUCUAUCGACGACUGGCCCUACUUUCACUGGCAUCCCACACAUUCCGGUAUUGAAAUGAGAGAGGCAUUGGACGGAUUAUAUGAGCUCUUCAUCGUUCGAGACUCCAAUUUGAAGCUAUACCAGGGAGUGUUCAACACCUUUCCUGAUAUUGAGGAAUGGUCAAUGAGAGACCUCUACUCACGGCAUCCGGACCCGUCCAAGCCUUUUCUGUACAUGUACCAGUGUCGAAAGGACGACGUGAUCGUUCUCAGCAACGGCGAAAAGAUUGCACCCGCUUUAAUUGAGGCGACACUGAUGAGCCACCCGCUCGUCAAAGGAGCCAUGGUAGUAGGCCAAGGACGAUUCCAGCCUGCUGUGCUGAUUGAUCUGCUCUGCGACGUACCUUAUAACUCGACAGAAAAAUAUCAGUUAUUGGAAAGCAUGAAGCCAACCAUUGCCGAGGCUAACACACAUGCACCUGCACACGGAAAGCUAGAUCAGCACCACAUUUUGUUCGCGAGCGCAUCCAAGCCGAUCAAGUAUCUCGGACAAGGAAAGAUUCAGCGAAGGAGUACAUUCCACAUGUACGAGGAAGAGAUCGAAGAGUUAUACAAAACAGCUGACGAGGCCGUUGAGCAUUCUGAGUUCCUGAAUCUCCCUGCUCUGGAACUCACCAGCCCAGCGACUGUUGCGUCGUGGUUGCAGCAAUUGAUAAAGGAAAUUACUAAUAUGGGGCCGCUACAAUCAGAUACCGACUUUUUCGCGGCAGGAAUCGACUCGUUGCAGGUAAUCCAGAUGGCUCGAGAAUUGCGAUUCCAGGCGAGAGAACUGGGAAUGGGGGAUGAAUCUGCGGAGAUGUUCCCUGCAGCAUCGAUUUACACCCAUCCAACCGUGGAUCAGUUGACUGCGCAUAUUCUGGACCAACUAGGCGUCACGUCAUCAUCCAGUGAUCAUACCAUUGAGAAGAAUGGCUCACAUGCAGACGAGAGCUUUCCACUAGCUCAAAUGCACCGACUGUUCCAGAAAUACUGCGAUGGCCUACCGCAGUCUAGAGGCCAUCUUCCUCAUACGCCCUCAAAGAACAUGGUCGUUCUUCUCACUGGCAGCACAGGCUCUCUUGGGUCAUAUCUUCUUGACGAGCUCCAGAAGGAUGAGAAUGUAUCUCGUAUCAUCUGUCUCAACCGAAGCGCCGAUGCUGCCCACAAACACAUCCGGCUUGGCCUUCAGCGCGGUCUCAGUAGCAUCGAAUUUGACCGGAUCGAAUUUCUACAAGCAGACCUCUCAAAGCCAAAGUUCGGUCUUCAAGAUGCGAUAUAUAGUCAGUUACUCGAUACUGUAACUCAUGUGAUUCACAAUCAGUGGGCAGUCAAUUUCAAUUGGAAUCUCGCCAGCUUCGAGCCAUUCAUUCGAGGGGUUCGGCAUCUCAUUGACUUUUCUCACGCCUCUGCCAUGCAUUCUUUCAUCACGUUCAUCUCCAGCGUCUCCGCUGUUGGCUCCUGGGAUUCACCUCACCCUGUUCCCGAAGGACCCAUCCAUGACUUUUCCGUUGCUGCGAGGAUGGGCUACGGUCAAUCAAAACUGAUCUCUGAAUGUCUUCUCGACAAGGCAGCCGAGAUUUCGGGGGUACAGUCUGCAUGUUGUAGAGUUGGGAUAGUUGCAGGCCCAAUUGAACAACCUCUGGGCCUGUGGAACCCCAACGAGUAUAUUCCUUCGAUAUUCAUCUCCUCGGCAUACUUGAAGACAUUUCCAGUAACCUUCCCAUCAAGAGACCGGUUAGACUGGAUCCCAGUCGACAAGCUUUCCAAGGUCCUGCUGGAAAUUCUCCGCUACUCGACGGAGCCGAAUCCGACUCACUUGCCCUCGGGGACACAUGUAUACCACGUUAUCAAUCCAUCAUGGACAUCUUGGUCCGAGAUUGCACCGGAGGUUCUCGCCUGUUAUCCUGAGAAGCUAGGUAUACAGCCUGUUUCCUUCGAGAAUUGGGUAGAGAAUCUGAAGAACGUGGUUGAUAAGACGACGACUGACUCCCAAACCAACCCGGCCGCCAAGCUGCUUGACUUCUUCAAAAAUGCGGUUCACGAGUCAGCCGAAGCUCGCAUGCUGCCACCCAUCCAUUCACAAGCGGCCAGCUCUUUGUUACGGCGCGUAGGAUGUGUGAACACGCUAUGGAUAAGUAAUUGGAUGCGUCAGUGGGGAAUCAUCUCGGGUGGAUCGAGUGAGAGUAGUUUCCCAAGCGAGGAUAGUCUUGGGUCUGGCAGUAGUAGCGGCUUUCUCCCACUGAAUUAG